UGCAGCUGAAGAUGGAGUCAGUGACUGUGAGGUUUUCCCAAAGAACCAUGCAGCACCUUUCUCUAAAGUGUUGACCUUUUACCGGAGAGAGCCAUUUACCUUGGAUGCAUACUACAACUCCCCUAAAGAGCUCCCUUAUCCAGAUCCCACAAUAGGCCAGUAUGUUGUCCAGAAAGUGGUUCCCCAGGCCUCCGGUGAGAGUUCAAAGGUUAAAGUGAAGGUGCGAGUGAACAUUCAUGGCAUCUUUAGUGUUUCCAGUGCUUCACUAGUGGAGGUGCAGAAAUCUGAGGAGGAAGAGGAGAGCAUGGAAACCGAGCAGAGCACAGAAAAAGAAAAUGAGAACAAAAUGCAGGUUGAUCAAGAGGAACAAAAGACUCCAGAGACGGAACAGGAAAAUGGCGAGAAAAAACCUGGAACUGAGGAAAUGGAGACCUCAGCAGAGGAAGGCAAACAGGAGAAGAAAUCAGAUCAGCCUCCCCAAGCCAAGAAGCCCAAGGUGAAGACAAAGGUGCUGGAUUUGCCCAUUGAAAACAACCCGCAGUGGCAGCUGGCCAACGACAUGCUGAAUCUGUUCGUGGAGAGUGAGGGUAAGAUGAUCAUGCAGGACAAGCUGGAGAAGGAGCGCAAUGAUGCCAAGAAUUAUGUUGAGGAGUAUGUGUACGAGAUGAGGGACAAACUGCAUGGCAUAUUCGAGAAGUUCGUCACUGAGAGUGACAGAGAUGUUCUCUCAUUAAAACUAGAAGACACUGAGGUCUGGCUGUAUGAGGAUGGAGAAGACCAGCCCAAACAAAUAUACAUCGACAAACUUGCUGAACUGAAGAACCUUGGCCAACCCAUUCAAGACAGAUACAGAGAGUUUGAGGAGAGACCCAAAGCUUUUGAAGAGCUGGGCAGACAGUUGCAGCAAUACAUGAAGAUUGUUGAGGCCUACAAAACCAAGGAAGAGCAGUAUGAUCAUCUGGAGGAGGCAGAAAUUCAGAAGGUGGACAAGAUGGUGAAUGAUGUCAUGAUCUGGAUGAACAGUAAAAUGAACCAGCAGAGUAAACAGAGUCUUGCCAUCGAGCCAGUGGUGAAAACGACAGAGAUCCAGGCCAAAACACGGGAGCUGUUUUCUACUUGCAAUCCAGUCGUGACCAAACCCAAGCCCAAAGUGGACUUGCCAAAAGAAGAGAACCCAUCAGAACCCAACGGGCCCGUCAACACACAGGAAAACCCUGAAGCUCAGCCCGGCGGCACAGAACCAGCUGCUGCAGACAGUGCAGGAAACACAGAAAACAAGCCUGACAUGGACCUUGAUUAAACACGCUGUGUAAUGUUAUGUUAACGUUACACGUUAUGUUAUGUAACAUAAUGUUUUGUUAAUGUUAACUUAUGUUUCCAGUGACUAGAAUGCUAAAUCAUCAUCAUCAUCCUCCUCAAAACAGGGAGACUCUAACAGUGAGCGAUUCAGUGGCUACAUUUGCAUGUCGUUUUAUAUUAAGAAAAUCAUAAGUCAUAAUGCUGUAAGACUUCUGAUUGAGAACAAUUCUGUCUGCCUACAAUUGAGUUUCUGUCAUAUGCCGGUUCUGUCAGCUGUUGUUUCAAUAAAUAUGGAUUGAAACGUG